CCCCACGUCCGAUCCGCGGCCGGCAAAACAUGGAUCGAUUCUUCUCUGGACGAUUGGCCGCAGAAUGAUUUCCGAAUUUUUGUCGGAAACAUGGGUAACGAUGUGACGGAUCAGCAGUUGUAUGAUCAUUUCGUUUCGAAGUAUCCAUCGCUCUUAAGAACUAAAGUUGUUCGCGAUGCAAAGACGUCGGAAAGUAAAGGGUACGGGUUCGUAUCUCUAGGGGAUGCUUUGGAAUGUGCCAAAGCGAUUCGGGAAAUGGAUCAGACAUGGCUUGGAUCACGGCCGAUUCGGCUGAAGCGGUCUAAUUGGAAAGACCGCGAAGCGAGUAAAAGAAUUUACAAGACACGAAGAUAG